AAACAAGCAAGCCUAUCCCAGACCUUUCUAAGGGCCCCCAACCGCACGAAGCAGAGUGCAUACACAAACGAAAGCAAGCCUCGGAAAAACCCUACGGGAGCAGGUAAAGUGAAUGUGAAGCCGAAACUGGCAGCGAUGUAUUCUUCUCUCUUCUGCGUUCGUCAUUCUUGUUCGUCUUCUUCUUCCCUGAUCUCUCUCGCUCGCUGCCACAUUCAGCAAACUCUUUCCAGGUCCUUCUCUUGGAUGCCGGCGAUAUAUGGUGGAUUUCCAGGUGCUCAAAAGAGUUUGCUAGAUGUAUGUAAAUCUUCUGAAAAAAUUCCAAAAGGAAAGAUUGCAGAUAAUGCUCGGGAACUUUCUGGUAGCUCAGGGUUGAGUGGCACUCCUCCAUAUGCCUUAGGUUUCCAACAUUCAAUACAUUCAACUAAUGAGAAAGAUUUUGAAAAUAGAAGAAACUCUCCAUCCAUGAAUUUUGUAAGGAGUGUAGUAGAGGACGAUGGAAGAGACAUGAUGAGAUCUCGAGGAAGACUUCCUCGAUAUAAUGUUGAGCAAAAUGCAGACUUUGUCCACAUAAAGCUGAUGCGAAACAAUACAUUCGUCACAGUGACAGAUUCAAAGGGGAAAAAGAAAAUUGGGGCAUCAUCCGGAAUGUUGCCAGAAAUGAAAGGUGGAGCAAAACUAUCUCGGUAUGCUGCAGAAGCAACUGCAGAACAUGUUGGAAGAAUGGCAAGAAAUCUGGGGUUGAAAUCAGUUGUAAUGAAGGUGAAAGGGUUUACUUAUUUUAAGAAGAAAAGACAAGCAAUUAUGAGCUGGAGAGAGGGCUUCACCAAUUCUCGAGGGGACCAGAAUCCAAUUGUAUACAUUGAAGAUACAACAAGACGCCCCCAUAAUGGCUGCCGACUCCCUAAGAAACGCCGUAUCUAAAUAGUAGUAGUCUGGAUGUUUGAUCGAGCAUUGUUUACUUGCAAAUGAGGUGCUCUUGUCAAGUACAUUUCAAUGGUCAAAUAAACUUAUGCAGAGAGGAUAUGGAUUUUGUCUUGAAUAUUAUUCCAUUAUGAUGAUGUUAAUGUAAUGAUAUUGUUGAAUUGUGGGUUGCCUGGCUCUUUUUGAAUGUGCCAAUGUGUUAUGAUUAUGGUAAUGUUAUUGUUGGAAAUAUUUUGAAUGAUAUUUGCAUUAAGUUCUUAUUCUUUGA